AAUCCGUAAAAGACUGUUUAUUUACGUUCACAUUUGUUAUCAGGAAUAUGUUGUAAGGUUAGGACUGGUGCAGUGUGUGGAGCAUCGGGCGCCAAAAGUGAACUCUCUUUAUUUAUAUCAGCGUUAAUUACUGGGUCAAGUGUAGCUCCAUCAUGCCACCCAACAAGAGGAAAAGUAAAGAAAAGGAAAAAGAGAAAGAAAAGGAAACAGAAUCAGAAAAGGAUGCUGUUGAAGAUGUAGAAAUGGAAGAGGGUGAUGAAGAUGAGGAAAGGGGAAUCCGUAUAGGCGACAUCUACCUACCUCCUCCUCCACUCCCGGCUUGUACCUUUGACAGCACAGGGCCCAGACUGGUCAUUACACAUAUUGAGAAUUUUUUUUUUAAAAGCUAUGCGGGUAAACAGGUUCUGGGACCAUUUCACAAGAGCUUCACUUCUAUUGUUGGGCCAAAUGGAAGUGGCAAGAGCAAUGUUAUCGAUUCCAUGCUUUUCGUCUUUGGCUACCGUGCACAAAAAAUUCGUUCUAAGAAAAUAUCUGUUUUGAUUCACAAUUCAGAGAAGCAUCAGAACGUUCAGAGCUGUACAGUUGCUGUUUAUUUUCAAAAGAUCAUCGACAAGGAUGAAGAAGAUUUCGAAGUUGUACCUAAUUCCCAGUUUGUUGUGUCCCGCACUGCUUUUCGUGAUAACACCUCAUUUUACCAGAUGGAUGGAAAGAGAUGCCAGUUUAAGGCUGUUUCAAAAGAACUUAGAGCUUAUGGGAUUGACUUGGACCACAAUCGAUUCCUCAUUCUUCAAGGUGAGGUGGAACAGAUUGCCACGAUGAAGCCUAAAGCCCUCACAGAUCAUGACACUGGCAUGCUAGAGUUUCUGGAGGACAUAGUUGGAUCAUCAAGAUUCAAAGAGCCCAUAGAAUUGUUAUGUAAGAGAGUAGAAGAUUUAAAUGAAGCACGAGGAGAGAAAUUGAACAGAGUAAAAUUAGUUGAGAAGGAAAAGGACGAGUUAGAAGGACCCAAAGACACAGCAAUAGAACAUUUGAGACUGGAAAAUGAAGUAACGCGUAAGAGACAUACACUUUUGCAGCGUUACUAUUUAGACUGUUCUCGGGCAAAAGAAAAGGCCGAGGAAAAAAAGAAGGAAAUUGAUGAUGGUAUGAGUGGUGUGAAGAAAAAGCUAGAGGACCUCAAUGAAAAGAAGAAAGAGAAAGAGGAAGGAAUAAAGUCAUUGGGGAAAAGAUUAGAGAAAAUUAGCAAAGUAAAGGAGGAGUGCUCAGAAAAAUUUAAAGGCUUGGAGAGUGAAGAUGUUAAAAUGCAAGAAGAUCUUAAGCACAAGAAUCAAAAGAGAAAGAAACUGAUGAGUCAACUAAUAACAGAAAAAAAGAAAUUGGAAGAGCUGGAGGAAAUACCAGAAAAAAAUGAAAAAGAUAUUGAGGAGUGCCAAAAACAAAGAGAAUCUCUGGAGGAGAAAAGAAAAAAGGAAGAGGCAGUAUAUCACAAAGCCAUGUCCUCCCUCAACUCUGAAACCCAACUGUUGCAGGAUGAAAAAACUAAGUUUGAAACAAAACUUGUUGACCUUAGAAAAGUAGUUGAUGAAGCUAAGAGUGGGGUUGAUAUUGCUCAGUCAGAAUUAGACAUAUACCAGAGUACAGAACAAAAUGAAAAAAAUAAAUUAGAACAGGUUCUUGCUAGUCUAGAACAGGCCCAGAAUACCAUCAGUACUCGAAAAGGAGAGAUAAAGAAUCUUGAAGCCAGCAUACCAAGAUGUGAUAAACAACUAAAAGAGGACAUGCAGAAACAUCAGUGUCUGAUUCCUGAACAGCAAAAGGUUGAGGAGUUGCUGAGAACUCAUAGAGUAAAGCUUGAGGAGACGCGUAGUGCAAUGCAGUCAUCACGAUCUCAAGGCAGGGUUAUGGAUGCUAUUAUGGAGCAAAAGCAAAAUGGAAGCAUUCCAGGUGUUUUUGGGCGCUUGGGUGAUUUGGGUGGCAUUGAUGAAAAAUAUGAUGUUGCAAUCAGUACUGCUUGUGGGCCACUAGAUAACAUAGUUGUUGAUUCAGUUGAGACUGGUCAGAAGUGUAUCAGUUUCCUUAAGAGAAACAAUGUUGGCACAGCUACUUUUAUUGCUUUAGAUAAGAUGCAAAAAUGGAAAAGUCAGUGUGAGAGACAAAUGCAAACCCCAGAAAAUGUACCUCGUCUCUUUGAUUUAGUAAGAAUGAAAGAUGAUAUAGUAAAGACAGCUUUCUAUUUUGCACUAAGGGACACUCUUGUAGCUGACAACUUAGAUCAGGCUUCACGUAUUGCCUAUGGAGGAGUGCGUCAUCGUGUGGUAACAUUAAAAGGAGAGCUAAUAGAACCUUCUGGUACCAUGAGUGGAGGUGGUAGGUCAGUUCUGCGUGGCCGUAUGGGUAAACAAGCAACUGUUGUAAAUGUGGACCCCAGAGAAAUGGAGCACAUCGAGAGUAAAGUAGAUGAGCUGACUCAACGUGCAGGACAACUUCGUAGAGAUCGCGCUGACCUGGAGCUGUCUAUACGUCAGUUGACAAAGGAUUUAAAUUCCAUGAAUAUGGAUGUUCAGAAGUUUAAAAUGGAGUUUGAAGCAGCUCAACAACAAAUUGUGUCAUUUCAGGAGCAGAAGCUAUAUCAAGAAGAGAAGGUUAAGUCUGUUAAAUCAGAUCCAGCAAAGAUAAAUAAGUUAGAGAAGUGCAUUGAUGGCAAGGUAAAAAUUUAUCACGAAGCAUCAGCAUCAGCCCAAGAAGUGGAAGCAGAAGUUAAUAAAAUUCAUGAACAGAUUAUGGAAAUAACUGGACGAAGAAUGAAAGGACUCAAAAAUUCUCUGGAUAGUGUCAACAAAGGCCUUGAGAAAUUUACUGCAGAGAUUACCAGACUCCAGGUAGCUAUUAAAACUGCCCAACGCAACACUAAAAAAACUCGGGAGAAGAUAACAGGAAUGGAGACAGAAAUCACUGAGGUACAAAAUGAACUCCGAGGUAUGCAGGGUAAGCGUUCAGUGAUUGAGGAGGAGGCUGCGAAGGUGCUGGAGCAGUUACAGUCAGUCACGCAUGAAGAAUUAGAAUUAGGAGAAAAGGUUGGUGAAUUGAAGGCUGAGCACGAAGUAUAUGUCAGAAAGGAAAACAAGAUAAAAUCCAGCAAAAUUGAAAUUGACCAAGAGCUGGACAGGUAUGAAGGCAUCAUCAAGGAAAAUAAGGCCAAGAUGUCCCAUUGGAAGAAACAGUUGAAUCGUCUCGAGUUGACAGACAUUCCAAUAAACAAGGGGGAAGAGGAUGAAGCUGAGUUAGCUGUCCUUGGACCUGAGGUUCUUGAUGAGCUGGACCCUAAGCAGCUUCAAUACCAACUGACCAUCUUGGAGGAGAAGUUGGCACAGUCCAAACCAAACCUGGCUGUUGUUCAUGAAUACCGCAAGAAGGAAGAGAUCUAUCUACAACGUGUUGCAGAGCUUGAUGAAAUAUCACGUCAAAGAGAUGAACAACGGAAAUACCAUGAAGACCUAAGAAAACAACGUCUGAAUGAGUUCAUGGCAGGUUUCACCAUUAUAUCCAACAAACUAAAGGAAAUGUACCAGAUGAUAACCUUGGGUGGAGAUGCUGAACUAGAAUUGGUUGAUUCCCUUGACCCAUUCAGUGAAGGUAUUGUUUUCAGUGUCCGUCCUCCAAAGAAAUCGUGGAAAAAUAUUACUAACUUAUCUGGUGGUGAAAAGACUUUGUCAUCUUUGGCACUUGUAUUUGCCCUCCAUUACUUCAAGCCAACGCCUCUCUAUGUCAUGGACGAAAUUGAUGCUGCGCUCGACUUCAAAAACGUAUCAAUUGUUGGCAAUUAUAUUAAGGAACGUACAAAGAAUGCCCAGUUCAUUAUCAUCUCAUUGCGGUCUCAAAUGUUUGAACUGGCAGACAGACUAGUGGGUAUCUACAAGACAUAUAAUGCCACAAAAUCAGUAACCAUCAACCCAGCGAAGAUUGUUCUAAACAACAGUGCACAGACCAGUGACAAAGCAAAUGCUACCAUGAACCAGACUUUAACAGCACCUCCAAUUUUAGCAGAGAGUAGAGUAUAAUGGAAAAGGAAAAAUAUAAAAGGAAAUUAGUUUACCUAUACUUGAAUAUAUGAAAAUAUAUAUACUGUAUAUGUUUUGUGAAAUGUAAGAAAAACUUGUCACAUUCAGUUGUUACACACUGCAGUAUGUAUGUUAGUCAUGUAUUUGCAGUGUUGUACGCGUCAAUGAAAAAAGUGGCGCCACCAGCGUAAACAGUCGAGAAAUUUGAUGCCGUCAGCGUCGGCGUAAACAAUUUCAUAAAUUGACGCCGUUAGCGUCAGAGUCAACACCUAGCUUCAACGAGUUUUGAGUGACAUACAAAUGCGGCCCCGAAAUGCGUAUUCUCCUGUAUAUGGGAGUAACAUGCAAAAUCAAAAAAUAUUCAUUCAUUUUUAAUCAUUUAUUAUGAUUUAUAUUAUAUAUCAUUUUAAUUAUUCAUUUGUUCCCUUGCAAGAAUACUAGCAUCUCAAAAUGCUUGUCGCUCAUUCUACUGCCUUGGGCCUCAAGACGUCCUUGCCCAUGGGGAACAUGCGCUCCACGGCAGCACUAGAGGGGAUGGGGGUGUUGUAUUUGAUAAACAACUCCCUUAUGGCCUUGUUGGGGAAGGUGUCCUUGUCGAAACUUUUUUCGAAGGUCACUGUCUUUUUCAUUCCUGCGGGGGGUCUCGUACAGGACCUGGAACAAUUUGUCCUCCACGUCAUGGUCUUUGUCGUCUCCCUCACUGCUGCUGCUGCUCUCAGUCUCGGGCACGGACUUCUCCACCAGGCCCUUUUCCUGACGAACAAAUUGACGCUCCACUCAGGUGAAAAGUUGACUGCGUCACCUGCACAAAAAAUUGAUGGCGUCAGCGUUAACAAAAAGUUGCCGUCGUCCAUUGACGGCGUUAAAAUAACUCCGCCAACGUACAACACUGUGUAUUUGGUAGAAAGUGUAAAUGAAACCCAGGUUGGAUGGAGACUAUACUGUAAAAACAAAUUUUCAUUGGUUGAAAAGUAUAGACUUUGUUGAGUGCCUUGGAAUAAUUUCCAUUUGCUCUGUUAUAAUGGCAUUUUAGUAUAGAUUUAAGCUACAAAAUUAUUGCAUACAAUACUUGUGAACUUUAAGAAAUGCGAUUAUAGAUGAUACAUUUUUUUGCAAGACUGUGAAGUAUGGUGAGUUGCCAUUAGUUUUUGCAAAAUAUGGUUUUAGUAUAUUUUAAUUUUUUCUUCUUGGUUUCUUUUCUGUAACACUACACACUUGAAUGAACAGGCUGACUUUUCAGAUACUGUUUACUUAUGUACAUUCAGGGUCAAAAGUUCAUGUGAAGCAGUGAAACUGUGUCAUACAAACUUGUAUACCCUGUAUGUGUCAGAAUGAACACUUCAACUCCUGUUGUCUCAUCCGUUGUGUCAUAUUGUCUAGCAUAAAAUCUUGCAGAUACUUUUUGGAGCGAGUGUACCUGAUAAUUUCACAAUCCAAUAAAUAACUUAAGUACCAUUUGUGAGACAGUUUUGGAGACAUACAUUUCCAGGAACUUUACUUGAUAAAAGAGAAAAGGUUUUAUUGACAUUGUACAUAAAAUUAUAUUGAUUGCAUUUUACUUUUUUCAUGAUAGUAAAGGAAUAUAUGGAAGUAUCAAAUACAGUUUUAAGAAUUUUCAUUUCCAUAUUCUUUAUUUGGGGUUUUUAAUGUCUAUUAUCUUAUUGCAUAAGGAAGAACAUUUUAUAAGCAUUUUAGCAUACUAGGCAUUCUAAAGGUUAAGUACAGGUAUUUUCAUUUGUUUGAAUGUUCUUUGUAAUGCAAGUAAAUAUAAGUGAAUCAUUUAAUACAGGUGUACCCCGAUAAACGAUGCACAUAGGGACCAGGAAAAGUCGUUGAUUAGUGAAUCAAUGGUCAUCGAAGCAAUUAAUCCCGUAGGAACAUAAUAAAUUCAGGGGGUUUGGGACCAGCCACCCGCUGAAAACUCCCAUCUACCCUUAAUAUACCUUUGCCUUGGACACUGUCAAGCAAGAAAAUAAACCAAAUGGUCUAGGGUGGCCAGUUCAAGUCUUAACUAUCACAGGGUCAUUUAGGCAUGAUUAACACAGGUCGGAAAUAAUGAAAAAACACGAAGUCAGAAACACAUAGUAAGUGUAAACAAGAGCAAAGAUAACAGGAAUGGUUCAGAGCAGUGCACAGAGCCCGCUGGUGGCAAGAAUUCACACCAUGCCACUGCCCGCCAUAUUCAAAACGGCUCUGCCGGUCCUCUCCCGAUCGUGGAUCUCCGGGGUACACCUUACUUAGAUUUUUUUAUGUAAUUCAUGCAUGGUCUGCAGUCUUUAUUCUUGCAAAUUUUAAUGUUUUUAUGCUUUAUAUCGUAGGGCUAAUUUUUGCCAGAGUUUAACAAAUUGAACAUACAAUUUUCUUCCAUAUGAAUUGUAAGAAGUUAGAAUCCAUAAUGAAGGUUUUUAGAUCACAGUA